AACUCUCACCCAUUGAAAAUUUAAGGUUGAACUGGCAGUCGAUAGUAGCUGUGCUGUUGAAUCUUCGUUGCGUGGUGUUCGGGAGUUUUGCUUAGCGAGACUAAAAAAGAACCAUGAAGCUAAUGUUGCUACUCAUACUGACUCUGGCUGCUUCCUAUGUUGAAGCAGCAUUCCUGUCCACAUUUGCAAUGGCAACUUUCUCGCUGAGCUUUGUAACUCCCGCCUAUUCCUUCUUUGGGAUGUUUCGCAGGCGAAGGCCUCCACCACCUGUUUUUAUAGAAGAGCCUUCUAUUCCACAAGGAUUCAAUCCUUCCUUUUCGCAACCUGGUGGUGGUUUUUUCACCAUCGGGCAUGGGUGGACAAGGUAACUGGGGCUCCCGGUUUCUAACAUGCCCAUGAACGGAUUUGCAGGACAAAAUAGAUUUCAGCCACAAAGCAACCAGUUUCCGACCCAGUUUUCAGAAUCUGAAAUAAAAGCUUUGCAACAGCAGUCUAUGAAACAAGUUUCGGAUCUCCAAUCUCUGCAGCAACAGUCCAUGCCAAACAUGCCUUCUCAAAACUCGAUGCAGAUGCCGCCAAAUACAUUCCCUAAUAUGGAAUCGUCAGAUUCAAUGCCUGAAGGGACAGAUGAUAUUCCUUCUGAUGGGACAGAUGACAUUCCUUCUGAUGGGGCAGAUGAUAUUCCUCCUGGUAUGAAUGCCGAAGAAGCAGAAAGUUUCUUCGUCUUGCUGGCAGAGACUGAUGAGAGCCAGUGCAUUUCCCGCUUAAUUUGUGAAAUGGGAGCUAAUCCGGAAAAUGGUGGAGAAUUCGGUAAAACUAUUGCUGACAUCAUUGGUUCUCUCACGAAUUUUCCUGCUGGUAGUAAAGUUUCUGAAUACAACGAAGUUUUAAAUGCUGGACGGAUGAGAGGAGGAUCGGCUUGUUUAUCCCGGUACGCAGCUUGCGAUGAAGAAUCAUUCCAGAUGGUGAAGAAAGCUCAACUAGAUGGCGACAGUGAUGAUAGCUAG